GAAAUGUCAGUUGUCAAAAUAAAAAUCAAAAUAUAACCUAAAAAUUUGUUGUAUAAAUUGAGUGCACUAGGAAAUAGGAAUUGUUAAAAACAAUGCAAUGUUUGCAUGUAAAUAUAAGACAAGCAACAUUCAUAGUUCUGUCCAUAAUAAUUAAUAACAUCAACAUUAUUCAAAUGGCUGAUAAACCCGAAAAAGAUGUUAAUAGUAGUAACGAGGGAACGCGCACUUCAACUGCUCUUCCAGCUUUUGUAACAGAAAUUGAUGAAAGGUGUCGGGCAGAUGAUGUAAAGUGUAAAGACUUACAUCCACAAUGUUUGAAAUGUGAUUUUAAUAUGUCGUGCAUCUAUGGUGAACUAAUAACUACAAAAUGUGAAACGAUAGACCCCAAAAUAAAUUGUUCAGGUGAUAAAACUUUUACAAAAACGUUGAUUUGUCGUUAUUGCUAUCAAACUGAACCAUGGGAACAUACAUGUUUCUUGAGGGCGGACUGCAACUCAGUCGCUUCUCCGAGGGUAUAUUAUCCAACGAAUUGUACAGUUAGAGAUGAUUUACUCUGUUUAGGUAAUCGAACAUUUACCAAAAACGUGAUGUGCAAUUGGACUGGUGGUUACCGCUGGACGACUGCUUUAAUUUUAAGUAUCACAUUAGGAGGCUUUGGAGCUGAUAGGUUUUAUCUAGGUCAUUGGCAAGAGGGAAUAGGAAAGUUGUUUAGUUUUGGAGGAUUAGGCGUUUGGACAAUCAUUGAUGUUAUUCUCAUUUCACUGCACUAUUUAGGACCUGCAGAUGGGUCUCUUUACAUUUAGGCGAAUUCUCUUUAUUUUACAAAUACGUUUUAUAAUAAUAACACUGUUACUUAAA